GUUGUACUGUUGUGCCCUUAGUAGAAAACUUUAAUUCUCGACGGUGAUGGCUAAUCUAGCUAAAUUCGUGCGAUGAGUUUCUGUACAGUCAUACGUAAAUUCAAGCUCACGAUAAUACAAGUGAAUCAUGUUUACAUAUUAGGCAGGAAAGUGUCUAACUCAAUCAUAUAUAUCAACUAAAGCGUAACAUUCAACAGCUAAAAGAACUUGAAUCGUAAUUUAUUCUUACCCCAGCUUUGGAUACGAAUAGUGGUUGACUUUCAGUGCAAAAAUUGUUUUUAUUGAGUUGGACGCUAAUAAAGGUGUAUGCGUGAAUCACUGUCUGUUUGUGUGUGUGCGUGUAGUCGAGCAUCUUUUGGUUUAUAAAAGCUGCUGUCAUGUAGAGUCUUGAGCAGCACCUGCCCAUUUGUUAUGCCAGUUUUCGAUACACAGCGGCCAUAAUUAGUUGUUUUGUUGAAUUCUCGUUGACUUAUCGACCAUGUACGAACUUGUGAGAGUUGAAAGCAAAUUGCUACAGUGAAGUGGGCACGAAAUUGUUACUCUGCUAUCAGUCCAAACCGAAGCAAACAAUCAACUCACACUCAAUCCAAACAAUUCAGUUACAGCAAAAAAAAGGAAACAGAUUUCGACACAACGAAAACGUAGUCAUCGAAAGAUCAGAAAACAAUUCCUGUCCAUUACAUCGUGUUUUUCUUUUUGUGUGUGUGUGCGUGUGGCUUCGGUCUACCUUUCCCUUUUUGUGUAUCAGAGUUUAUUUUUGCUGCCGCAGCGUCAGUUUAUCUAUACUGUUCUACGCAAUAGAAUUGCAGGAACGUCAAUGGUUUUUACCUUCAUACUUAAAGUGAAAUCCUACAGCACAUAAACAUGACAAACUGAAGCUAUAUUGGCGAUCCGUGCAGUUGAGCGAGUAAUGAUAGACAGUUGCCAGAAACUUUAUCAGCAGUGCACCAGCCGUACGAGCAUAGCAAAAGGGCAAUAACUGUAGUUUGCAGCAUAUAUUCAUUGGAUUAUGUAAAGUCGACAUAUACCGUAACAGUAACUAACACCUUCGAGGGUUUCAGCUCCAGCUGCAUACAUUCGCCUCUAACCAGAAGCGAAAACAGAUUAGCAAAUAAUAUCAACACUUACCAUGCACACCAUCAACGCGAGAGCUCGAAUGUACGCGGUACGAGUGUAUGUCCAAGGUGAACACCUUGUUGAUAUACGUUAUAAAACUUGUGAGUAAGCCAGCGGGGUGACGGUAGUUGUGUGUGUACUGUGAUAGUGUGUAUUGUGGUGUUUGGCUGUGCUGCUUGUUGGGUUAUGAUGUGGGAAGUCAGCAUACGUGAUCAGUACAGCUGAGUGCACAAAGCGAGCAGCAACGUCAAGUACAAGGCAGCUCGUGCAAUUGAAAGCGUGUGAAAGAAAAAUCAGAUGUAACAGUCCCCAUGUACUUGGGGCUGGACUGACUGUAUGAGUGAGUGUGAAAAUAGUAAUGUGUAACUGAUGGAGCAGUCAAAAUUUCUGUUUGGAAACUAACCAAAAAUCCAUCAGAUAGGAAGGCAAACGGCAGAACAAAGAAUUCUAUGCUUGCGUGCUUCUGCAAAACGGAAAAAGCACUUCGGCUAAUGUUUUGUUUACCAUGCGUUAAUUGUACUGGAACACCCAGCAAAAACAAAGCAUCGUAAAGGGUAUUGCAUCUGAAAAAUGUCUGCCGACUCGCAGCGCAGCCGCUCAAUGGCGUCCUCGGUUGAAAGCGGUCCCAGUGCGGUUCGCUGCAUGCCCACAAUUGUACCACCGCAGGCAGUAAGCGACCGAUCGAUCAUUGACAGUGUGGCCGGUUUUAUCAAUGACGUAACGCUCCAAGCACAGGCACCGCUCGGCGACAGUAAGGAUCACAUCCUAUGGGUGCGCUUUGAAAAUGCGGCCGACAUUAGUGAUCCCUGCCUGGGUGACGAUUGGGAGCUAGAGGGUGGCAUUGCACCUCCAUUGCUGUUGAUUUUGGGUUAUGUUAGUGGUGUACAGGUUUGGAUCGUACCGGCAAAUGGUGAAGCUAUUGAAGUACUCUCCUGGCGUCACGGCAGUGUGAAGUGUUUGCGUGUACUGCCCACACCCACGUCCGGUGAUCGCGAGUCAGCGACAGAAUCGGCUGACCAGUUUACACACAAGCGUCCCUUAAUAGCGCUUUGCGAUAGUGGUUUAGGCGGCGCCAGCGCCAGUGCGGCUGCCUCGAACGGCAGCUAUCAGUAUUGCGCUGUCAACUUCAUCUCGCUUAAGGAUGGCGAAACAGUGAAAAGCAUCAAGUUCAAAAGUGUGAUUGUAGACAUCCUUGCGAACCGUUCCUCAAUUGUAGUUACGUUCCCGGAGCGUAUAGCCGUGUUUGAUGCGCGCACGUUAGAGGACCGCCUCACUGUGACGACCUGUCACCCGAGCCCGGGGUUGAAUCCGAACCCGGUAGCGGUAGGAUCACGUUGGAUCGCAUACGCCGAGCGACGUCUCAUCCCGUCGAAGCGCUCGAGUGGUGGUUGCGAAGGCGAUGGUGUCACAAGUUACACCGCUACGGUGCUAAACGCUGCCAAAAGCUUUGGCAAGGGUCUGCGAGAGCUCGGCGAACAGGUGGCUGCUGGUUUGACGGGCAGCCACCUAGGCUCAAGCCUUGGUUCCAGCUUGGUCGGUGGUGGCGGAGGAUCAAGCUCCAGUGGCGUUAGCGGUGGCUUGAGUUCAGGAAGCAAUACUGGCUCGGCAAAUGAUGUGAGUGGUGGCAUUUUAAGCGGUGGUGGUACCCUUAGCGAAGGAAAUCAACCGGGAAUUGUAACGGUUUUGGAUAUCAAGCAUCCGGUAAAGGAUGUGAGCCCCACGACAGGUACACCUGUUACGUCGAAUGGCAGUAACCCUAUCGUAGCUCAUUUUCUCGCACAUUCAGAAGCUAUUGUCGCAUUAGCGUUCGAUGCACCCGGUAUGCUACUGCUGACCGCGGAUAAGCGUGGCCAUGACUUUCACGUCUUUCGGCUACAUCCGCAUCCGAGCGGCGCUUCCCUUGCGGCUGUGCAUCAUCUGUACGUUUUGCACCGCGGCGACACUACGGCCAAAGUGCAGGACGUCGCGUUUUCAUUAGACUCGCGAUGGGUGGCAGUUUCGACGUUACGCGGUACAACGCACGUCUUUCCGGUCACACCGUACGGUGGUCCGGCUGGCGUGAGAACGCACGGUUCACCCCACGUUGUGAAUAGACUAUCGCGUUUUCAUCGGUCGGCUGGACUUUCCAUCGACGGACGUUCGAGUAGCCCUGUGUCGCAUUCGGGAGAAGGUGCGACCGGUGCGAACCAUGUUCCCACUGCCAUGGCUUAUGCAAAUCCACGCACGCCUCCCUUCCCACAUCCAACCAUUGUACAACCGCUCGCGCAGUUAAGGCAACCGUCGAACUUGCUCGGUAGUGGAGGAGGAAGCAACAUUGGUGUUGGUGGCGGAAGUGGUUCAGCGUCAAGCAAAACGAUGAGCGGAGCGCAUCAUGGUCACCACACAAGGCAACGGAACUCUUCCUCGUCCUCUUCGGACGAUCUUAUGAAACCGUUGCGUGUGUGCGCCAGCUUUGCCAAAGCACGUUCGUGGUUGCUCGAUCCGCCUGGUUGUGUGGUACGCGAUACACCCGCUCAUCGCAUUCAGCGCAAACCAAUCGAUUCAUUGUUCAUCAUGGCUGCCCACGGUGCUCUGAUUCAGUACGAUCUUGAACCUAAACACGCUUCAGGAACACCGAAGGAGAAGAUAUGCGAUGAUACACCGAUCGAGUUAGAGGUAGAAGCAAAGGCACAGUGGUGUCUACAGCGACAGGAAAAUUCUUCCGCUGGCGAUAUUCAACCACCACUUUCGUUAGACAACUGGCUCAUAAAGGAUAGGUUUAUAGAAAGUGUUGUUGGUGGUAGAUCGGAUGCUGGAUCAAUGCAGGACUACGAUCGCUUACUACAUUCACAUCAUCGUGGUAGUACGGGUAACAUUUCAGUUGAUCACGACGAUCGAUGGCUAUCACAAGUAGAGAUUAUAACGCAUGCUGGGCCUCACCGCCGUUUGUGGAUGGGUCCGCAAUUUAUGUUUAAAACGUACAAUACACCGAGCGGCUCUCCAUUGUCGUCAAUAGACACGGAAGCAGUGGAAAUAUGUACCGGUAGUGGCAGUGGCAACGUAUUUAAUCGGUCACUUCAAAGGUCCAAUCCGAUGAAUAUGCCUUUAGUUGGAGGUAUGAUGAGGCCCUUGGUACCCGUACUCAUUGAAUCAGGAUCAUGUAGUAGCUACGAGCAGAGUCCACGCAUGAUGAACAUGAAUGAGUUUCGUCAUCAUGAAAAUCUGGACACGGAAUUUUCAUCCCUCGGUCCGGUGGAAUCCCAGUUGCGCGAAGAUCUUGCAGAUGCAAUGCGCGAAUCACCCCUUAUCGCUUCCGGAAAGGAUACGACAGGCAACCUCUCGGGAUCUGGCUCGACGUGUGGUGGCAGCGGUAUAGGUGGCAACGUGGGGCAACCACAACAGCAACAUCAUCCUUCUUCAGUAACGAACCAGCAGGCUUUGACAUCGACCACCGGUCUUUCGUCCGUGUCGUCCUGCUCAUCGACAUCGAUUUAUUCGUCCACUCAUUCGCUGAGUUCAAUCUGUGAUCAGCAGCAUCAGCAAAUACAUCAACAGCAACAGCAUCAGUGUGGUGGAAAUAGUGGAUGUAAGGUAUCUGGUGGUAGCGGGAGCAAUGAAGGCGAAGCUUCGGGAUAUUUCUUUGAAUGUAAGCAGCCGCCUAUAUUUGCUAGCAGCGGUGACAGUAGCAACAAAGCUAGUGGUUUAGUUAAGAGAAAUGUUGGUAUCGUACAGAAUGUGCAGCAGCAACAUCAGCUGCACCAACAAAAUUAUUAUCCUGACACUUCUAGACCAGAUUCGGGUGCUAGUGGACGAAAUAUAUAUCCAGGUGGCGGCAUCACAAUCGCCAAGGUAGUCAAUCCUUUAGGAACGGUUACGACGAUCAGCACUAUUGGUGGUGGUUCUGCUGGACCAGAGAGCAUCGAAUCUGACGAUUUUAUGCAGGAAUGUGUCGAAUCUUAUCUUCACGAAAAUUGCGAUGAGGCACUGUUUCGCCCUGUCGUAACAGUGCAUCACGAUAGCGUAUCUGCUACUAAUAUACCUACACAAGAGUUAGACAUGGUUGCGAUGCAUACCGGUCGUUACCGUGGUUCGUCAUUAGAUCGCACUGGAUGUAGUGAGGCUGAAACAACUGGCAAGGGCAGAUUGAUGGCUGGCGAAUGUGAAGAACGACCUCUUAGUCAACCAGCAUCCUUCAUUGGACGAGAUUUAAUUGUUCCGGUCAUCGAGGAAAAGAAUAUGCCGUAUUUCACUAACAGUGGUGCAAUAAAGCACCAUUCAAAGCAGCCCAUUGGUUCUGAAACGUCCCAACGAUCAGAUGCUAUUGAAACAAAUGUGCAGAGAGCAUCGAAGAAUGAACAAAUACGUACUCGUAAUCGCAAAUCGUUAAGCAAAAAGGAUAUACAUGAAAACAGUAGUAUUGGGAAACUGUCGAAAAACACUAGUAUUGAUACCAAGGAUACGGAAUUGGACUCACACUUUACUUCAAAGCUCACCCUUACUGACACCCUGAAAACAUGUGAAGAAUUUGAAACGAUUGAAUUACCUGCGGUGGAUAUUGAACCAGUAAAAAAAGAUCCAAUAACGACGAAGACGGAGAUGAAAAAUGUUUUCAGAGGCGAACACGAAACCGAAGUAUACACAAAAAGCCAUUCGGUCGCUAGUAUCGGAUCUAAGCAGAGCAAAGAAAAAAAAAUCGCUCCAUUGGUUGACGGUCCAGGUUCUUCCAGGACGAUAAACACCGAUCGUAGCGAAAAGAAGGAUUAUGGUAAUAUGCGAAGUAAUGCUGCACAAGAUAAAAAGAACAUUAGUAUUGCUAACGCAGGCAGUGAGAAGCGGGGUAGCAAACGGACGGCAAACAACCAGAAGAGCCAAACGGUAGAUAAUAGAAAAGAGAAGGAAAUAUCGGUUGACGCGAAGGGAUCUGUGUCACCCGUAGUUUUGAUGCAUAACGAACAAUUACUUCCACCUUUGGAAGCUUUGAAAAUUGACGAUUUAGAACUUUUCGGUGAUGACAUUGCGCAUGAAUCACCUGUACAAGCAACAGAAUCAGUCGGCGGUAAAGAUGUUCUAAUAUCAAGCAAACAGUCUAACUGCACUGCCCUUGAAAGGUCAUUUGGUAAAGCAAAAUGUUUAAGAGCCAAAGCAGAAAUGAAUAGUGUGGAGGAGAAUGAUGAUUCCCUAGUGGGUGUAAAACUUGUAUUGGAUACAUAUUAUGAUCCUUUAGCUGGUGAUAAUAAGUACGAGAUGUUAGAGUUUGCCGAACCAUCUCACGCUUGUGCAAGCUUGACGGAGUUACGCACUGGUGAAAGUUAUGAGAAACGUGCGGAUACCGAAAAUGACGAGAAAACUCUGAUCAGUUUUGAAAGCCCAUUGGUUGAACAAGCAACAGAUGCAAAUCUGCUUGCAGAUGAGACAUUUUGUGGGAAGCAACAAAAGCAGAUGGUGGCAGAUAUGGAGAGUGUCUUUGCCGGUGGUAAUAUAAUGUUGGCGAUGUGCUCCAGUUUGCGGGAAGCUUCCCCAUCCAUGGAACCAGAAUCGACCGAUAUUACCAAUGAACGGAGCUAUUCUAGCGAAGGGGAACAGUCCCGAGUUCGUACUUCAAGUGAAUGUGUUUUGAAACAACAUUCGCUAGAAGGUCAGGAUUCGGAUUAUAAGAGUCUUGAGUUAGAUUUGGAUGUCCAAUCGACUAGUGCUGCCGAGAUGGCAAAUAUGAGCGGCUCUUAUAAUCCCACUAACGACACGACGACUACUAUUGUUAGCCUACUCUCUUCAGCUUCUGAGGAUGAUGAGGACGUUACAACUAAUUCAACAAACAAUGACCAAGAAGAGGAAGCAGUUGGGGAUGAUACACUUCUAGAGGUGAAAGAUACGGACAUAGUAAAUAAGACAUCAGAACCGACCGGAAAACGGCGGCGACGUAAACGCACAAUUACCUGUCAAAAUAAUACCACUAGCACGACUAUAAAUAUGGCAACGAUCGAUGCGAAGGAUGACGAUGGUGACGAAGAGGAGGAGAACGGCGACGAGGAAGAUGAAGAAUUGCAACCGCUGAUAUCAAGUAACAAAACUUCGUCCUCCUCACUUUCGGCUCCGGCUACAAUGAAAAAGGAUUCCCUUACAUCCGGCGAGGGACCGCUUUUGGGGAUUGGAAAUGAAACAUCCGUAUUACUUACAGCACUGCCAACGGAAAGUGAAAGAUAUGCAAAGAAUGAGGAACUGAAACAAGGAAGUGUGGAAGCGCCAGAAAGCGAUCCAAAAAUCACCAGCAUGGAUGAAUCCUCCGUUACAACAGUGAAGUGUUCGAACGCAAACAGCAGUGCAGGCAGUAUCAAUCUCAGCACUAGCAUAUUAGCUUCUUCCAUCAGCGGCAAGCCAACGAGCGCCAUUGCAGCGGCGGGAGGAGGAAAUGGGGGUAAUGGGAAGAAAAAAUCGAAAAAGAAGCGAAAAUAAUUACUAUUGAAGCGAAUGAUGCUGUUGGUAUUCUCGGCCGCAUCAUUGCUGGUUUUGUUUUUGCUGUCCUACUUACUGCUCCUUUACAUGUCGUGUUUUGCUCUAGGGUUUAGAGGGUUGUGUAGUUACGUUUAAAAUUUGAUUGCAAUAGUUUAUGUGUUUAUUGUUUUAGUUUUUUUUUAUUAGGGAUAAAUUUCCGUACACCCACACGUUACAGUUGGUAUAUGCACUUACAAUAUUAAAAAAAACGUCUGUACAACAUCGUAAGGCUAUUAACAAUUAUGUUAGCUCGCUGUAUAUCGCCAAUGUGUCAAUAAAAUCCAAAUUUUCACGCGUUGCAAUAGACAAAUGUUAGCAUAAUGUAUGUACUGACACGUAGACGUAACUACGUAACAGGAAAUGUAUCGUUUACCUCUUAAUCGCUGAUAAACAGAUCGUCAUUAGUUUCGAUUUAACGAUCUCAUUUAGGUUUGGAUAUCAGUUUUUUUAUAUGGUAUUAGGGCGAGGAAAAUGAAAAAAAAAAAAAUUCACAAUUAACGAACUACUCAUACAAAUAAUUACAUUUCAUGUGUAUUUUCAUAACUGAUCUUCAUAGUCAUAUUUAUCAAAUGUAUGCUAUAAUGCAUAUGAAAAGGGGGAAAAAAUACGUUCGCUUACAGGUUUAAUAUUUUACUAUUGUUUCAAAAGGGGUUGUGUGUAACAAUUUUUUUUUUCAAAAUAUUUAAAUUCAAAUAAGAAGAAAAAGUUUAUUGCAAGUUACAAUUAUUUGAUGGUGUUUUUUUAACUAGGAUUGCACUACGAAGUUAUACGGUUAGAAGCUAUUAAUUUCGUGUAGAUAGCAAUGAGAUGCAAAAUUAUUUAUUAUUUUCACUGCUCUGUUUAAAUAUGCGCGUGAAGGCCUGCGGUCCAGCAGUAGCAACAUAUAAUCGAAGCGCGCAUACUAUUAUGAUUUCAACUUCCUGCAAGAAGUAUGGAAAUUAGAACAUUUCAUUAGUUACAAUUUCAGUUGCAAAUUUGUUCAAAAUAAUCGUGCCAUAGUUGUUAAUAGUUGCAUCGAAAUCUUAAUCAGUUGAUGAAUAUUGACAAUAUUUUGAAAACACAAAAACAAUAAAUUAAAAAAAAAUUAUUGCAAAUUGAAAACAUAAAACAUGGCAAAAAAAAUUAUUCAAUGUUCAAUCAGUUAUUUUGUUUUACUAUAUUUAAUGUUCAAUAAGUUGGUUACUGCGAUGAGGUUCUGUUUUUAAAUAGGGAGAUACAUAUAACAAUCAGUGCACCGAGAAUUCUAGUGCAAGUAACAAUUUGCAAUGUUGCUUAUGACAUAAUAUUUACUGAAUAUUAAGGCAACACAUGAAUGAGCGACAACACAACAGUUGGAAUUUUGAUUAAUAUUCUGGGAGUACGUAAAUUGCAGUAUGUGUUUUUGGUUGUUUUUAAUGUACAAACGUUAUGAAAUUUAACUAUUGGAAGCAAUCAAUCAAGUUAUUAUAGAAGACAAAAAAAUGUAGCAAAAGUGAAACAAACAAACUUGUUUGCUUGUUCCUUAAAUUUUAUACCAGGCAAAAACGACAGCAAAUGAAAACAAAAAAAAAGGUAAAACGAAGCGAAGAUAAAAAACAAAGCAGCAGAACAAUUGUUGUACAUGACGCGCCAUAUAGUUGCUGAAGGAAGCUAAUAAAUGUGCCCUACUCGCAUAUAAAACAUGGUAAGGAAGCAGCCUGCAGAUACAGCUUUUCCGUUUUGCUUUUGUUUGGUUGUCGCUAUUUAUCAGUGAAUAUUUAUUUAAGUAUCUAACUGCCAAUAUGUAAAAAAAAGGUUUUGUUUUCAAUCCCUUAAAAAUAGAAUAUAUGAUAUAUAAGGAAUGCGAAAAACACUGCUAGCAUCGUUGCAAUUACGAAAGGGGUGCACAUUUUUAUUUUGUGUUAGUGUUUUUACUGUUGCUGAUGGAGACUGCAUAUAAAUUCGUCUCCAUAGUUAGAUGUUUCGGUCUGCAAUGACUCUGUUUUAAAUAUAAUUUUCUGUACAAGCAAAAACACUUUACUAUGUCCUCGAUCCAACACACACACAAUGUGAUUGUUCUGAUUAUACCAAUUAUGCUACGGGACUGGCUCUUCAAUUAUGUGGGGUUUCAAUCAACUAAAACCCACUUUUAUGGCAGAUGUCGUUGUGUUGUUUCAUUUUUUAAAAAGGGUGUUGGCUUUGCAAAGGAUGUAUUAUAAUGUAUACAUAAUUAUAUCAAAACUGAUUCUAGCGUUUUUUUUCUCUAUAAUGGUAGCAGAAGUUUUCCUAAAUUAAGAUAGAAAUGUUCGAAGAGCGGAUCGAAAAGUACGAUUUUCCCUACAAAAAAAGCAAAUAAUUAUAAAGAAGAAGAAAAAAAACUAAAAAAUAGGGACGAAACAAAUAAAACAAAAAAAAAUGUAGAUAAGCUAAUAUUUCUCAAUUGGACACCAAAAUAAGAAAGCACAUUGAAAAGGCUGAACAAAAGUUUAAAAAAAAAAACAUAUUUGAAAUGCAUAAUUUGGUUUAGUUUGAUUUGAUAUUUUAAGAAGUGGCUUAAAAUAAACGAGACGAAAAUGACAAAUAAAUAGCAUUACAUUUCAUUAUUAAAUAUCACUUAUUUCACUGUCAUUCAAGUAUCAUAAAUAGUGCGAAAAAAUUGUGAAUGCCGCAUUUGAAGACUACUUUUAGCAAACAAAUGAUGUAAACUGCACGAAAAGUAGAGAAGCAUUAUAGAGUGUGAUUAUUUACAGAUAUAUCGCAGUAGAAGAAAUAAGACUAUCGUAAAUAACUCGUUAAAGCAAGUUAUGUUAUCAUCGACCAAUAUUGCAAACGUAACAAAAGAACUAUAUUGUACUUUGAAUUACGAAAAGUGACACAAUGUAAGCUGUUUUUUAUAAAAAGAAACAGCAACACAUGAAA